GACAGCAGAGAGCAGUUUCAGUUCUCUUGUGAAGUUCACAAGUAGCAGGUGUGUGUGAGUGUGCUGUGACAGAGCUAGCCAGAGACCAGACCCUCUCACUGCACUGGAAACAUCACAUCUGGAUACAGUCAGGACUCGGAUACUGUGUGAACAUGAAGUCCUGUGUGUUCCUGGCCGUGCUGCUGCUGACUGUGUGGACCGCUGUGCAGGCUGAGACCGUGACACAUGUGACCAGACGAUUAACUGCCUGCCAAACUAACGGCACACAGGCGGAACGUGAUUAUGAGCUGGACGAUGACGAGAAGUUUCAUAUUGAUUUUGAUAAGAAGGAGGCGGUGCCGAGGAUCCCCGACUUCGCUAAGUUCUGGGUUCCUCCUCCGGGUGCACCAGCACAAGCAGAGACAGACAGACAGACCUGCAUACACAACGUGGCCGUCGCUGCACAAUGCCAUGAAUACCCUACAGAGGAGCAAGACCCCCCUCGUGUUACACUGUUCCAUGAGAAUGACCUGGAGCUGGGGAAGCCCAACACUCUCAUCUGCUUCAUCACUGACUUUCACCCGGCAGCCAUCAAAGUGACCUGGACCAAGAAUACCCUGCCAGUGACUGAGGGAGUCACCCUCACCCAGUAUUACUCCAAUAAAGAUUUCACCCUCAACAUGUUCUCGUACCUGAGCUUCACUCCGGAGCUGGGAGAUGUGUACUCCUGCCAGGUCCAGCACAGCGCUCUGCCUGAAACACUCACAACGUUCUGGGAGCCGGAUGUGCAGACAGAUUCUGAUGUUGGGGAGACAGCGUACUGCGCUGUGGGGCUGACUCUGGGGCUCCUGGGAGUGGCUGUCGGGACCUUCUUCCUCAUCAAAGGGAACAAGUGCAACUGAUUACAGGGUUUUCCUUUUGAUGAAUAAAUCCUGCUCUGCUCCAGCUUGUGUUUAAUUCUCAUUAAUGUAAAUGUCUGUCUGCUGCUGUGGGGAAAAAAGGGAAACUAUGGAAGUGCUGUGCAGCUGUUUUUUAAACCUCAUGUAAACCCUAAAAACUAGUGAUGCAAUAAAAUAUAAUGUAAAUGUAUCUAAAGUCAUGACUAGGCAUCCCAGGGUGCUUUAUAAAAGUAUACAUGAUAACUGGUAAGUCAGCUGAGUAAACUGAAAGUAGUGUUAAUCGUGAAUUGCUGACAUCAGAUACCGUAAAAGCAACAAAUAUUAAUUUCUUUAAUUUAAUUAAUUUUAAAGGAGCGCUGACCAUCUUUAAAAUCUAUUCUCAUAGCUCAUAUUAGCUUUAUGAUCACUGGCCCUUUUUCUUGUAUAGAAGGUCUUUUGGUUCUUUGCAUGUAUUUUAGACUCCAAUUUGGAAUAUGCAGAUAAGAACCUAGAAGUGUAAGUUGGGUCUAUGUCCAGGCAUAAACGCUAGUAGCUGAGUUCCACUCCAACGGCCCAUCUAGAAUUGGGUCAUAUAACCAACAGAAGAGAUUAGAUACCAGGGAGAGACCGUUAGGAAUAUAUUAGUUUUUUAUCUACAGAUUUUAUAUGGUAUAAAAAAACAACCACUCCUUUACCCAAUACAUUAUAUUCAUCGAAUCCAGAUAUUAACAUCAGAGAGUUACUAUAGACAAAGGUGACCCCAGUGGAGUUUACAGUAGAUACACGUUAAUGUUACUGUAUCUCAAUAAUGCAAUUCCUUCACUCUGUGACCCAUGGAUGCUUUCCUGGAAUCUCUUCUUUCCCACCCCCCACCCAAGAUAUCUUCUGUGUGGUUUAAAUUGAAAACGUUACUGUAUAGCUUCAUAUUUUAAUUCAUGUAUGUGAUGCUUCAGAGGGCUGACACUGACAGUAUGUUUUUUUUUUAAAUGUGUCUUUUUAAAUGUUCUUUUAGGAGAAUCAUUAUAGCUAUACAGUGGAUUGUAAUCAGUCAUAAUAAACAGAGGGAUUUUGAAGCUUUUUGUAACUUUAAUAUUGUAAUUUAAAGUUAAACUUCCUUUUAAAAAAUUCUGAAAUAAAAUUCAUACUUUUUCCCUAUUGAAAUUCUGCCUUGUUUUCAUAGAUUUAUUUUAUAUGUGUUAUUUCAAAAAUAAAAUCUUUUGCCUUUUGAA